AUGGCGCCGCGUAUUGUGGCUGGCAGCACUACAGGCGAUAAAGCUCUGAGCGACGCGGCUGCUACCAAAUCGGUGAAAUGGACCCUCGACAGCACAAUGGAGGAAGAUCUGCUACAAGGAAAUCUUCCCCAAGUGAAUAUGAAGCUGAAUGACUUUCUUCGUGGGCAUCUUGGUGGUAGAGGUGUAGAGGAAGUGAAUAAGAAUGUCAGUAUGGAUGCGUUUGUCGUGGAGCCUGGUAUUUUCAUCACUGACAAUAGGCUGUUGAACGUCAUACUUGCGAUGCCGUCAUUCAAAACAAUAGUAGAGGAAAUGAAAAAUAGGGAAGUACAGAGGGAAUUACUGAGGAAAGCUGAACGCAAACUCAAAGAGACUGGUGUGUAUUCUCUCCAGCAGUGGGACGUGUAUGAUAAAAAGGAACAAGUUAUCCCUUUGGUGAGGGGAGUGUUAAAUGCAGCCCUUAGCGUUGCGAAGAAUAAAUCACCGUUAUUGAAUGGUGAAGUGAUGACGGAGGCCUACGAGUCUGUAUUGAAUGUCACAUGGAGCCAUGUGGUGGAAGUCCCUGGUCACAGUGAAGGAGUCGGAAUGGAGGUGAGAGAAGGUAAGCCGUCGAGGGAAUGGACAGACAGCGAGGUGGGCUAUCUUCUUCCUGGUGGUGCAAGCAAGGGGAAGAACAAAGAGAGCACCAGCGCAGAGGGGGUGGCGGAUCCGCAGGAGCUAUGUGUUGAGUUAAUGGUACUCCAUUCUGAAAAAGGCUGGCCUUAUGAUGUUUUUGAAGAGCUUGGAGAAUGUGACUGUUAUGUUACAAGGGAAGUUGACCGCGUUUGGAAGAUUGUUGAAACGGAUAUAGAAAAUUGGCUUGUUCAAAAUGCUGGAAGAGUAAGGGCCACGUUACGCCUUUUGAUUGGGACACCUGGUAUAGGAAAGUCAAUGGGAGUUGGCUCGUAUCUCCUCUACCAACUGCUGCACUACGACAAGGAACGACUUCCAGUGGUUGCAUACUUCGUUGCAGGAAAGAUGUAUCUCUUUGACAAGGUUAGAAACCAGGUACGUUUUUACCGAUCACAAACGGAAGCGGAGGCAAUAAUCUCAAUGUUGUCCAAGAGUGUGAGGGGAUACAUAAUCUACGAUGUGGCAAAACAAGGAAGUGAGCCGUCAAUUGAUAUGCCUCCUUCUACUUGGGGCAUGAUUCUUUUGAGCUCUCCAAACGAGGUGAACUUCAAAGGAUGGGAGAAGCAAAAAAGAGCACUGCGUAAUAUUAUAAAUUGCCCCAGCAUGAGUGACCUAAGGGCGAUGAGUCUGUGGAUACACCGAGAUAGACCGGCGGAGGAGCAAGAGAAAGAAUGGAAGGUUGUGGAAGAGCGUAUAAACAAUGUGGGACCGAUUCCCCGCUACAUUUUUGGUAGUGAAAGUGAGUACAAUGGUCGUCUGAAGGCGGUUGAAACGGCGUUGACCUGUAUCACGCCAUCCAAUGCCGAGCUAUACUUUGGAGUGCACAAAGGAUGUUCAUGGCAAGGUCAAGAUCUCUGCCAAAUGCUUGGGAAAAUCACUCGGUAUUCCGCGCCAGGGGAAGCCGAGUAUUACUGCAACGACCCGCUGGCACCUGCUAUAAGGGAAGCGAUAAGGUACCGUGCGGGAGAUGCCCUUGACACCUCUGCUGCUCUGAUGUCAUUGCUGCUUCCAUUUGAUGAGAUGGUGCCGAAAAUCAUGGAGAAAUUUGCAGUUGUGGCAUUUUUGCACGAGGAGUUCGUGAAAAGAGUACACAAGAAACUCAAAGAGAUUGUUCCAGAGGAGACAAGACGGAGGAAGAGGUGUGUCUUGGAGGAUAACUUUCAAGUCCACCCUGCUUCCCAAAAGGGAAUCCCAAUGCUUGCAUCUCUUCAGAACGAAAUGAGUAAAAUUCAGAUAAAGUGCAGGGUGCUGUAUAAACCAAGUGCAGAGAACUUCCCACUUGUGGAUGGUUUCUUCUUCGUAGAAUUGGGAGGGGACAAGAUAAUGGUUGGGCUGCAGGUGACUACGGCGAGUCGUCACGACACGAAAACGAGUACAGUGCUGCAGUUUAAGGAGUAUUUGAGCAGAGCCUUUGACGGCUGGGAGGUGUACUCGCGAAACAUGUCGUGGGAGAUCAUUUAUGUGCAACACACAGACAGCCAGAGGAUGACGAGAUGGCAGAGGUGCGACUUGCCUCCUGAACUUAAGAAAACUGAGGAAAACGUUAACCGUACCACGGAGGAGGAAGAACUUCUUGCUAACCACAAAGCAAUUGCGGCAUUCUGGAACGAUGAAGUUCGCCAGUACGUGGUGCAAACGUCAUCGAAGGACACGCAUGGAAGCAGAAGUGCAUGA